ACAGAGAACGUACGCUCGCUUAUCUGAGCCCGUGUUUGUUGUCUCUUGCGCUCAUGUUCACCAGAGUCGAGUGAACUCUGUCCCUACUCUCUCGGUUUUAUCCACAUGUCUUGCGCCCAAACGAAAGCUUCUGAAUGCAUUGGGAUCCCUAGUUCUCUGUAUUGACCUUGAAUCCAAGAGAUCUUCCGCCAGGAUGUCUGCGCUGCUCUCGUUCCACAAGUCCAUCUUGGAGAAGAUACAUGACCCGUCUACCAGCGAGCUCCUGCUGAUAGCUCGUGGCCUUGGGCUCCGAAGACUGCUAUGCAAACUCCUACAGAUCUAUGACUCGUCGCAAAACCUCGUCGUGCUCGUGAACGCGUCGUCAGAAGAGGCGGCGGCAAUUGGUGAAGAACUCGGGGUUCUGGGAUGUCGAAAGCCCGGCUUGAGGCUUGUCGACUUUGAGACAAGCAGAAGAGAUAGCAGGCAGGACUUGUACAAAAAAGGCGGACUCAUCUCGGUCACGUCACGGAUCUUCAUUGUGGAUAUGUUAACUGGAGAUAUUCCUACUCAUCUCAUAACUGGGAUCAUGCUACUUCAUGCUGACCGAGUCAGUCCUACGUCACCUGAGGCUUUCAUCGCGCGACUCUACCGCGAGAAGAACAAGACAGGGUUUCUGAAAGCGUUCACGGACCAGCCAGAGCAUGUCACGAGUGGGAUGUCUCCCCUACGAGUGAUCAUGAAAGAGCUGCAACUUCGCACUGUCCAUAUCUACCCUAGAUUUCAUCAGGAUGUCUCAGAAACGCUCGGGAGAGAUCGAACGGUCCUGCAGCUUUCUGUGGAUAUGACUGAAUACAUGUCCGAAAUCCACGUUGCCAUUGUGCAGUGCAUGAGUACGACUCUGUCGGAGCUCAAGCGGUCCAACGCCCAGCUUGAUCUUGAUGACCUGAAAGUUGAGAAUGCUUACUUCAAGUCUUUUGAUGUUAUUGUCAGACGACACCUGGACUCAGUAUGGCAUAAGGUCGGACCUAGGACGAAGCAACUCGUCAGUGAUUUGUCCACCCUUCGGCGGCUUCUCGUAUUACUGCUUACGGAGGAUGCUUUCUCCUUCCAACUAUAUGUAGAGAGCCUCAUUGACGCCAACACUACCAACGAAGCGGGUAAUACAAAGCACAAUCAGUCGCCCUGGAUGAUGACAGAAGCAGCGAAUGUCAUCUUCCAGUACGCGAAGCGCCGGUGCUACACGGUUGACCAAAAAGCUAGAGCGCGCCCAGCUGUACUACAAACUGCAGACGAGAACGAAGACGGGUGGGAAGCCAUCCGAGAGCUCGAAGGCUGCGGCACGAACGGCAGGCGGUCAAAAUGGCCCGAAGGUGUCCAACCCGUGCUUGAAGAGCUGCCCAAGUGGAGUCUCGUUUCCGCUGCGCUGCAAGAGAUCGAAGAAGAGAUGAUGCGCCGAGAGACUAAGCUAACCGCACGCGAUCCCGGUGCGAACACCGUACUCAUCAUAACUUCGUCUGUUCGCUCCGCCCAGCUACUGCGCGAGUUCCUGGACCAGAUCGACCCCGAUGUUGAGCCGGGUGCGCAGGGCCGGAGGCUAAUGGAAGAUAACAUGCGCGCCUACUUGGCUAGACAAGCAUUGAAGAAGGCCAUGCGAAAGAAGACGGUCGUAACUGGGAGUGGAGCCUCAACACCGUCAACGAACAGCGGGAAUGGCGAAGUCAGCGAAGCUCUGAAAAAGAAGGACAAGGAAAGGGAGGCGCGGAUCGCCAGUCGGAGGCGGAUGCGAGGAAGUGCACCCGCCGUCGUGUCGACCCGGGGUACGGGUCCAGCGGAAAGUCUGCUUUCUGCAAUCAAUCAGCAAGACGAGGCCAUCAUCGCCGCGCUGCCAGAGGUUAUGUUUGGCAUGCCUGAUCCCGUCGCGCUGCUCACGUUCGAUGGUGACUUCGACACGGAGUAUGGCAUGCUGGCAGCGGAACAGACUGUCAUUGUCCGCGCCUACUCGGAUGAUAGCGACGACACUGUUCUCUCCGAGAUCCAACCCCGCUACGUGAUCAUGUAUGAACCGAACCUCGAGUUCACUCGUCGCCUGGAAGUGUACAAGAAGAGCACGCCGGGGCUGGGUGUGCGUGUGUACCUCAUGUUGUACAACAACAGCUGCGAGGAAGCUAAGUACCUUACCGACGUCCGCAGAGAGAAAGAUGCUUUCGAGCGCUUAAUCAAAGAACGGGGGUCGAUGCUUAUGCCUAUCUUGGAAGAGCGGCGGCCGACAGAUAGCGGCGACAACCUUAUUCGGACAAUCAGCACGCGAAUUGCGGGUGGUCGCAAGGACACCACGACGGAACCACUCAGAGUCAUCGUUGACUUGCGAGAAUUCCGCUCCUCGUUGCCCUCAUUAUUGCACAAUGCUGGCAUUCUCGUCGUGCCGGCAACGUUGACAGUUGGCGACUAUGUCUUGACGCCCGACAUGUGUGUAGAACGCAAGAGUAUACCGGAUCUAGUGUCCAGUUUCAACAGCGGGAGAUUAUAUACUCAGUGCGAGAUGAUGUCCGCACAUUACAAACACCCAAUACUGCUCAUAGAGUGGGAAGAGAACAAGUCGUUUUCACUUGAGGCUGUGCAAGAAAUCAAGUCCUAUGCAAAGCCAUCGAACAAGUAUCAAAAGAAGAAACCCUCUGCGAUGGAGACUACGGCGAUGUCGACGUACAACAUUCAAGCCAAACUUGUUCUGUUAACACUCACGUUCCCCCGCGUACGCAUCAUCUGGUCCUCGUCCCCGUACGCGACGGCCGCGAUCUUUAGUGACCUGAAGCAGCAUAACUUCGAGCCGGACCCGGCAAAGGCGAUUGCGGUGGGCGCGGAAGAGGACGGCGAGAACGGCCCCGGCACGAAUCACGCGGCAGAAGAGCUUCUGCGUGCGCUGCCGGGCGUAAGCGCGCAGGGCGUGCGUCACAUCAUGAACAAAGUUGAGAGCGUGCGCGAGUUCUGCGAGCUCAACCUUGUGCAAAUGCAGGAUAUCCUUGGUGUUGAACCGGGCAAGACGUGCUACGAGUUCAUCCACCGCGGCAAGCACAGCGCCUCUGCGAGGAGAUAGGGGGUUCCCUGUCAUAACUUACCGGCUAUUUGGCAUGUGCGCAUUAUCUGCGUGCUAUGUCUGUGUUAGCCAUGUUGUGCAUUUAGAAGUUACCCAGGAACAGAGCUUCUGCAAUUCACACGAGCUUGUUCCGCAAACUGUCUUUCUUCGCCGCCCUUUCGUCCCCACCUUUCAUAACGGCUGUGCUGCGCGCUGUAGCUCUUCGCACGGAAACCACGCGCUCCCCAAUAUUGCUUUCCCACCUACGCGGCCAACGUCGCCGCUCUCCCAGAGAAAUCUCAUCUCCUUCGCGAUAAUCUAUCUGUUCCAUCACGUGCUGCGGGAUACCGUACAUUCCUUGUUCACCUGUUCACUACCCAAGCACUUCUGCGUCUGCGGCCUGCGCGUCAGUGCUGCGCGCAACUAAUCCGAAUACCCCCUCCACAUAGACCGCAGUCGGUACCGAAGUUGGUUGCGCUUGAUCGUUGCAUGUCCUUCACGCAUCACACCAAUUUCUGACAACGUUCGACGUUCUACAACCUCUGCCAGGCCCGGAAACGUGCCGCGCCGCAUGACCGCGCACGCUUAUUCGCGGGUGCACUCGGCGAAGUGGCAGUACGAGCGGCAUCCACGGUUUGCUGGGGUUCUCUGCCUCCCUGGGACGUGAUGCACAGCGUGAUGAUCGUAUCUCGGGAUGCGGCCGGCGGAUGACUCGGCGUGAGCUUAGCCUUCGUAGCAUUCCAUCGAGAGGCGUGGCGCGCAUAGCUUGUCGCGAAUCCAGGUCUAUUAGUACUCUACAUGGAGAGCUGUGCAGUCCUAUUCAUGGGAAGAAGGUCAUUCUGCUUUGGAUAGCACGGUGAUUGGCUUGGAGCAUACGAAAGUGUGCAGAAGUGAUACCUUAUUUGACGGCUAAAAGCUACGUGCUACUUGUGCCAUGAUUCUCUAAUAGAAGAGUCAUAUAGCUGUCAGCGACCGGAUGUUGUGCGUCACCCAUAGUUGAUGUUGGACUAAUGGAUUGCU